AUGGCACAACCACAACCCAUGGUCGUGGCCGUGGCAGGCGGGACCGGUGGGGUCGGCAAGACGAUUGUGCAGCAACUGCAGUUGCAUCGCGAACGCUUCAAGGUCAUUGUGCUGACGAGAUCUGUAAGUGGCAUGAUGCUUGAUAUCUUGGGCACGGUGUGGUCUUCAAGCGGCUGCCUGUACCCUUCGCUCGAGUCGUUGGCCAACACUUCUGGAGGAGGAUCAGUGUUUUCUCGAUCUUCAUUGCCUGUCGAUGCGAUUCUAGCUACGUGGGCUCAGCAAGUCGAGUUGCUCAGAGAAGCAUUGGCAUUAGGGUACAGCCUUCCGUUAGUCAUUAGUACGGGCGCAAAGCAAGGAUCGCGUGCUUUCCAAUCCUCCUUCAACUCGGCUAUCUACAGCGUCUACUCAAGAUAUGGAUCGACUGACGACAUCCGACAGGAACAGAGCCCGCGUAUCAAUGAGCACGGGACUGAACAUAUACAAGCAGACUACUCGACAGCCAAGAUCGAUGGUCUCAGGGACUUGCUGGUGAGCCAUCGUGUCAACACAGUGAUCUCGACGAUUACCAUCAAUGAGAAGACGAGCGAGGCGCAGAUGAAUCUCAUUCGUGCGGCGAUCAAGGCAAACGAGAGUGAAGAUGGGGUUCUACAGUGGUUUAUCCCGAGCGAGUUUGGUUAUGUUAACGUCAAGGACCGGGUCGACAUCACCAGCCAACCUACUAGCCGCACUCAACGCGACCACGAGGAGGCUAAAGGAGCUGAGCUGACACUAACACACCUUCCCCAACUUUCCAGGAUCCUCUCCCUCGAUGCAUCUGUACAACACUGGAUAUCCGCGGCCUCACUCCUCGCAUCCAGUCCACUCCAAUACACCCGUGUCGCGAACGGCUUCUUCGUCGACUACCUAGGCAUGCCGUAUGUCGAGACAAAUAUGGAUCCCUUCACAUGGGUACUGGACAUCUACGGACGUCGGGCAGCCAUCCCCGGCGACGGCACACAGCAGAUCAGCCUGACGCACACGGUGGAUGUGGGGCGGUACUUGGUCAAACUACUGGACGUGGCGCAGAAUGGCGGAGAAUGGGAUGAAUGGAGCAUCGUCGUCGGCGAGGACAUCAGCUUCAUCGACAUCCUGAAGAUCGCGGAGCGCGUGAGAGGGGGAAUCAAGUUCCAGGUCACGCAUGAUACGAUUGAGAUGCUCGAGAGCGGAAGGGCGACCGUCUUGCCUCUGCCUGGGGAGAAGGAAGUUGAUCCGUCUCACAUGAAUGGUCAGGCUGAAAGUACCUGUGCGCUGUUCAGCAGGCUUUACCUUGCUGGUGUCUUGUGCAUGCCGAAGGAGAAUAGAUUGUCGGAUCGGUGGAGAGAGGAGAUUCCACUGCUGGGUGUUGAGGAGUUUCUAGUUGAUGCUUGGAAGGGGAGAUCGUGA